UCGAGAGCAACAUAAGUUCCUGCAAGCUAAAGUGUAUUUUAAAAGGACUGACAUCAGCGAAAGUUCAAAGUGACAGAUUUACUGUGCUCAUGUUCAAUUGCUUGUGGAAGUAACCGAAGUCUUUGGUGAUCAUGGACCAGCUGCUACAUAUGCCGCUGUGGUUAGCACUUUUCAUGGAUUUAACUGUUCACAUACAGUCUUCAAAAGAUACCCAGCUACCUGACAUCACUGAUCAAGAUUUCAUUAACAAGUGUGUCAAGGCUCACAAUCAUCAUCGCUCCAGUGUGAAACCAGCUGCAAGCAACAUGUUUUACAUGACAUGGGAUGAGGCCAUAGCCAAAACAGCUAGAGCUUGGGCAAGGUUCUGUAAAUUUGACCACAACCCCCGCCUAAAAACCAAGGGGGAGGUCCACCCGAAUUUUACCUCUUUGGGUGAAAACAUCUGGGUGGGAACUCCGUAUUCAAUCUUUACAGUGGAAAAGGCCAUCCAGAGUUGGUACGAUGAAGUGGCACAUUAUGACUACUAUUCAAUGAGCUGCAAUGAUGUAUGUGGACAUUACACACAGGUCGUGUGGGCCACAAGCUACAAAGUUGGCUGUGCAGUCCAAGCCUGUCAUGAGGGAGUGGAGGGAUUUUACAAGGGCCCAGCUGCCAUUUUUGUGUGUGACUAUGGAGAUGCAGGGAAUUAUGGAGGAGUACAUCCCUACAAAACCGGAUCACCCUGCAGUGGAUGCAAUGGUGGAACCUGUGAGAACAAUCUUUGCCGUGACCCAAAAAGAGAUGCACUGAAAAGAUACAACUGGAGUCCAGCCUGGGACCCUGCAGCUUCUUCCUGCGGUUCAUACUGCCUGGGAGUGUUGGUCACCCGGCCGCUGGCUGUCCUGCUCACAUUCAUAGGGGUUUAUGGGCUGCAGAUUCUCUACCCAAACAUGUUUGCAUAUGAGUGACUCCUCAUACUGGAUAGUAAAGAAAACAAAUUGCAGUAUCCUUGUUCUUAAUACAUUGUGUUUGGUAGAUGGAGAGCUGGACUGUGCUCAGUGCAAAAGGUAUUUCUACCACCUGCUAUAGACAGUAUGUGAUUCACCUGAA